GCAACGUGGCUAAACGUACUAAUAAUAGGUCAUUAAAGAAAUUGACAGGCCACUUUGCGCAGAUGUAGUGCGUUUGACUGCAACUGAGAAGCACACUACAGCACAUACCCAAACUUGAAGAGGUCCCAACAAUGCGAGCACUAGACUUCUGAGUACUCUCUUGACUUCUCUUCUUCUCGCCAUUUUCUCUUUGUUGCAUACGAUAAAAAGGCGCUUUCAGCUGUUUCAAGGCAACGUUUAGACCUCAGACAUCAGAGAUGCUCCAGACACAGCUCAAUCAUACUGUAUGAUACUCAAUCCAGACACGAAAAUCUUGGCCCGACUGAGUCCGACCCUCGGAUUGCAGCUUCCACUUACUUCAUGUUACUUCAUUGUGGCCGAAUUGUGGCCCUUUCUUGCGUGCAAAGCAAAUACGCCUCCAAGCUGGAAAGGUAUCCGCAAUCCCUCAUCAGUGCUGGUUGGAUUAGGACUCCAAGAAAUUUCAUCAAAGCUGCGAGGACAACAGCAAGCAGUUGGAUUCAUUGGCUUGGUAGCAACAGUUGCUCGAGAGAUGCAGAAGGCACAUCGUGGAUCGCGAUGCAAGGAAUUCCUCUGA